UUGGCAACUUCUGGUGGCUUGUUAAUUAAUUCCAAGCUUUUAUAUAUUUGGGUAUAAUCACUAUUCUACUCUAAUUUCAAUGAUCUCUCUGAUGGCACUUUCUCAUUUUCUCCUCCUGGUUUUCAUUUCUCUCUUAGGUGCUGAUGAUGCUAGGAUUAUUACCCUGCAAAAUAAAUGCAACACCACCAUAUGGCCUGGAUUUCAAAUAGGAGCUGAAUCGAACGAUCCUGCAAAAGAAGAUAUCGAUGGUGGUUUGGAGUUAAGUCCUGGUAAAUCAGUGAAUCUCACAGCAGAAUAUUAUGCCACUAUCUGGGGUCGUACUGGGUGCUCGUUUAAUAGCUCUGGCUAUGGAACAUGCGUCACCGGCGACUGUGACGGUAAAUUAAGCUGUAGAGAUGAAAUCCCUGGCCGGAGCUUUAUCCCUCCACGACCAGUCACAUAUGCUCUGUUCAACCUUGGUAAAAAUCAUAUUCCUGACUAUUAUGUAGUUAGCGUAGCUAAUGGGUUCAACAUACCAAUUUCUAUAUUGCCUUAUGGUGAUGCCAGUGGUGGUGGAUGUGAGGCUUCAAGUUGCUUUACAGAGUUGAACCAGACAUGCCCAUAUGAACUGCAACUGAGAUCAAAUGGUCGCGUUGUAGCUUGUAUGAGUCCUUGCUUCGGAUUCUAUACUAUUAAGCCUCGAUUUUGUUGCUCUUACUACGAACCUCCCGAUGACCUAUGCAAGCCUACAAAUUAUUCGGAGGUGUUCAAGGCUGCUUGUCCUACAGCUCUUCCUACUCUUACCUUUGAUUUCUCCAAAGUAUUAAGGUGCUCGGAAGCUAAUAAUUACUUAAUUAGCUUUUGUUGAAACUUAAUUAUUUUACACAUAAAUAUAGUAGGAUGAAUUAUAUAAAUCGACUGUAACUUUAGCUCAAUAAGGUUUCAGAGUCCAAGUUUUAGUUGGAGCUAAAUAUAUCAAAAAACCUAAAAUAAAAUGUGACUUUUCUACGUAGUAAGAUAUUGUUUAAAUAGCUUUUGUUGAAACUUCAUGUUAGUGACUGGUGGGGUACUAAAAUGUGGC